AAGGGGAAAAUCCUUAGACCAGAUCGAAAAUUCCUAUUCGCACGACGUAUUUGACAAUUUGCCCAUGAGCGAUUCACGUAAAUAACCCCGUGCGGAGUGCGAAGUGCGAAGUAGUAGUAAAACGGAACGAGGAGGAGGCGCACAUGGCGACGCUUCGCCGUGCGGAUCCCCUAGCCGCGGCGAUCCCGCUUCUCCUACUGUGGAUCUGGGCUAGGGUUUCCUCCGCCGCGCUCCUCGGCGGCGGCGCCGCCUCCGCCGCCGCCGGCGGGUUCCCGGUCGACGGCUCCGUGAUCGAGCUCGAUGAGUCCACCUUCGACGCCGCCGUCGCCGCCUUCGACUUCAUCCUCGUCGACUUCUACGCCCCCUGGUGCGGCCACUGCAAACGCCUCUCCCCCGAGUUAGAUGCAGCUGCUCCGGUGUUAGCUGGGCUGAAUGAACCUAUUGUGAUUGCUAAAAUAGACGCUGACAAGUACAGAAGACUAGCUUCCAAAUAUGAAAUUGAUGGAUUUCCUACACUGAAGCUCUUUAUGCACGGUAUCCCUGUUGAAUAUACAGGACCCCGAAAGGCUGAGUUGCUUAUUCGUUUUCUUAAGAAGUUUGUUGCACCCAAUGUUUCUCUCCUCGAGUCAGAUUCUGCAGUCCGUAGCUUCAUUGAGACAGUUGGCAUGAAUUUUCCUAUAUUCAUAGGCUUUGGGUUGAAUGAAUCUGUAAUUACUGAUUAUGGAAGUAAGUACAAGAAAAAAGCAUGGUUUUCAGUUGCAAAAGAUUUCUCUGAGGAUAUGAUGGUUUUCUACGAUUUCGAUAAGGUCCCGGCAUUGGUAUCCCUUCAGCCGAAAUACAAUGAGCAAAAUGUCUUCUAUGGCCCUUUUGAAGGGAAUUUCUUGGAAGAUUUUAUAAAGCAAGCCCUGCUUCCUCUCACUGUUCCCGUUAACUCGGAAACACUGAAGUUGUUGACUGAUGAAGAGAGGAAAAUCGUUCUGACGAUUGUGCAGGAUGAGUUCGAUGAAAAAUCAGUGAAUUUAGUUAAAGUUUUGAAGUCUGCUGCUACUGCAAAUCGUGACCUAAUAUUCGGCUAUGUUGGAUUCAAGCAGUGGGAAGAGUUUGUUGAUUCAUUUGGCAUCUCCAAGAGCUCGCAACUUCCAAAAUUGCUUGUUUGGGACGGGAAUGAGGAAUAUCAACUAGUUGUUGGUUCGGAAAGGCUAGAGGAGGAGGAUCAAGGCUCCCAGAUAAGCCGUUUUCUCGAAGGAUACCGAGAAGGAAGAACUAUAACGAAGAAGAUCAGCGGCCCUUCGCUGCUCGGUUUCAUUCACUCCUUAAUCAACAUCAACACGGUUUACAUUAUCGUCUUCGCGGUCGCUCUUUUCAUGCUUAUCCAACAUUUGACUAGCAAAAGCGCAGAUGAUUCUCCGCAAACAGGAAGAGCUCGCGUCGAACCCGAAAGCUCAUAUAAACCCAUACCCGAGAGAGCGAGCCAGGGUGAAGGUUAUUCACCAGGUGAUAAAGAAGACUGAGUGCGAGAUCUUAUUAUCUAUCUAUCUUGGCGACAUUUCUUCGCAUUUUGCAGAGACUGACACUUUUGUAGAACAAUCUCUUUGUGUAGAUCACAUGUAUCACAUUAUUUAUUCAACAGUUUAUUAGCUAAUUAGCCCAUGUUACAAGCUUGAAACUAUGGUUGUCUUGGAAUUUCCAUGUCAGAAUUUUGUUCUGUGUAUUACAUAGUUCUCUUUGCUGUUUGUGUGGAUUCUGAAA